UUUUAGAAUAGUGUUCUUUUAUGUUUUUACUGUUAGGUCUGGAUGUUUUCAUGAAACUGCGGACGCUUUCCACAGGCGCAAAAACAUGCUAAAGAUGCAACAUCAGCAACAAAAAAGAAGAAAAAGAAACAACAGAAAAAAAUGUUGAUGCUCGCCUAAACAGAGUCAAGGUGUGACCUCCGAUUGUUAACCCUUUCUGUGACCCUGGCACUGUGCGAGAAGCAGCGGCUGAAAGGCUUUCUGAGCUCACUGGCCCCUGAAAAUGUGGACAAUCCCCCCAUAUUCUGUGCAUUUCUAUGAGCCUGCUGCUGGCUCAGGGGGUUUGGACAAAGGGCCGGUCUGUGGGUCAGGUAUAAAAGGAAAGGGUUAAACCAGGUAGAGCACAGUUCGGUGCAACAGCAACAGCUCCAGCAGCAACAGCAGCCCCAAAAGACCGGCAAAAUGAGUUCUGGAAUGAACAUGAUGAGCAGGAUCGUCUUCUUCGAGGAGAGGAACUUCCAGGGCCGCUCCUAUGAGUGCAUGAGCGACUGCCCCGACAUGUCCUCCUACCUGAGCAGGUGCCACUCCUGCAGGGUGGAGAGAGGCUGCUUCAUGGUCUACGACCGCACCAACUUCAUGGGCAACCAGUUCUUCAUGAGGAGGGGCGACUACUCCGACUACAUGAGCAUGCUGGGAAUGAGCAGCGGCAUCAGGUCCUGCCGUAUGAUCCCCAUGCACAGAGGAUCCUACAGGAUGAGGAUCUACGAGAGGGAGAACUUCAGCGGCCAGAUGUCUGAGCUGAUGGACGACUGCGACAACAUCAUGGACCGUUACCGCAUGUCCAACUGCAUGUCCUGCAACGUGAUGGACGGCCACUGGCUGAUGUACGAGCAGCCCCACUUCAGAGGCAGGAUGAUGUACAUGAGGCCCGGAGAGUACAGGAGCUUCAUGAACAUGGGCAUGAACGGCAUGAGGAUGAUGAGCAUGAGGCGCAUCACCGACUCCUGCUAUUAGACUGUCUUUGCACCAAAUAAAACUGUCCUAAACUAAA